AUGGCUCCUCCUCCACCCGCAACCCUGCCUCUGGCCGAGCGACUGAAGGCUCUGGCUCAAACCCUCCAGUUUGCCUGGUUUGUCGGCCACCUCACACUUUUGCUUUCUGUCUUCCGCUACUCUCUAUCCUUCAUCUUUUUCAAUUACUAUUCUUCGGCGGCACAGAUCGCCUACCGCCUAGCGUUUAUCUCGGCGGCUGUGACCUAUGGAAUCGUCGUGUACAAAGGCCACUUCGCCCGGGGCGUCCAGGGAAAUGUGCCGACCAUCGUGACAAAGCUCAUCUCCGAUGAGAAUGUGCAAUAUCUUGGAAUGGCUCUCGUCUGGUUGUACUCGCGCCAGCUUAUCCUGGCCCUUCUACCCUUCAGUGUCUACUCAGUCUUCCAUGUUGCGACCUACAGCCGCACGUACCUGAUCCCCACCUUGCAACCCCCGGCUCCGGGUGCCGCGGGCGCAAACUCGCCAAGCUCGCCAAGCUCCAAGCCUGCAACCAAGCAGAAUGCCCUCGCCGAGACUAUCGGUCGAUUCAUUAAGCAGUACUAUGAUGCUAGUAUGGGUGUUGUUGCCACCCUUGAGAUUUUGCUCCUCUUCCGUUUGAUUCUUUCUGCGAUCGCCUUUUCGAAGGGUAGCUGGGUUCUGCUGCUGGUUUACCUGUCUUUCUUCCGUGCUCGCUACGCCCAGAGCUCUUUUGUUCAGCAGGCCGUUCGCCAGCUCACCGCCCGUGCUGACGCCUCCAUCUCUCACCAGAGCACCCCCCCUCAGCUCCGUCAAGGCUGGGAGGCAUUCAAGGGCAUUGUUCGUCAAGCUUACGAGGCUACCGACAUAAGCCGCUAUGUCUCUGGCCCUGCUGCUGCCAACAAGAAGCCACAGUAA